AUGGCUGGCUGUACAUUGGCCAUGAUGGUGUUGUCCAGCGCAAAAUCAAAAAGGGCUACUAGUAAAAAGAAGACUAUGAGAGACCAUGUUAAGGGCUUCCAGGCGUGCUCGUCUGGGUUGGUCAUGGUUGUUGUCCCUCGGGGCUCAAGAGUCACGGAAGCCGGUAAUAUCUCUAGCAUUGUACUUAUGCGACACCGUACCAGCAACAUCUUUGAAAGCGGCACAAGGCUGCGUCUAGCUGUCGCAGGAUUGACCGAUCAAUACUUGAAAAGGAAAGGCAAGCCACCUCAGCUGCCGUUAGGGCAUCACCAAUCGGCUAUGGACAUCGACUACAACUGUGGCUCGCGACAAGGAUACCAGCCUGAUCAGAGGAGAUUAACCAUGAAAGGUGUGAAACAGCCCAUUGACUCUCUGCUGUCCGUGCGGGGGCUCAGUGGAUGUUAUCCAUGUCCUAUCUAUAGUCCUUGUCUCUUGGGUUAA